CCAACCAAAAGGAAAAACAAGUCCUUUGGGAGAAGAAGCAGAUCUCCUUGGAGUGAGAGAAGCCGUAGCCCUCACCAUCCCGUAGUCAAGGUGAAACAGGAACGUGGUGAAAGUGAAAACCAUCCCAGGAGAGGAAGAGAUGGAAGGCAACACAGGGAGCAAUCGGAACAAGAACACACACGGGAGAGAAAUGGUGACCGGGACAGACACCAUAGCCAUUCUAACCAGAGGAAGACUGCUAGUGAGAGGCCUAGUGGUGGGUGGAAUCGAGAUGCCCAGAACCUACAGGAACAGAAAGCAGAAAGAGAAUUUUAUAACUUUCGACGGGAACGUCGUCAGAAGAAAGAUGUGGGUGGCAGCAGUGAUGAGAAUCAGGAGAUUGUUCUGCUGUCUGCUGGUGGCCACAGUAAAGGAAAAGACCCACCAAAUAAAGAGAAACCCAGCUUUGAACUGUCAGGGGCACUCCUUGAGGGUACCAACAUGUUCCGUGGUGUGGUGAUAAAGUAUAGUGAGCCUCCAGAAGCACGGAUCCCAAAGAAACGCUGGUGCCUUUACCCUUUUAAGAAUGAUGAGGUGCUCCCUGUCAUGUAUAUCCACAGACAAAGUGCUUAUCUUCUGGGCAGACACCAGCGAAUUGCAGAUAUUCCUAUUGAUUACCCCUCCUGUUCAAAGCAGCACGCAGUAUUUCAGUAUCGGCUUGUAGAAUACACCUGUGCUGAUGGAACAAUUGGCUGAAGGGUAAGGCCGUAUAUCAUCGACCUUGGCUCAGGUAAUGGGACCUUCUUGAACAACCAGCGCAUUGAACCACAGCGUUACUAUGAACUAAAGGAGAAGGAUGUGCUAAAAUUCGGGUUCAGUAGCAGGGAAUAUGUACUGUUUCAUGAGUCUUCAGACACCUCUGAGGUGGAUAAAAAAGAAGAUGAGGAUGAAGAGGAGGAGAUUUCUGACAGCUAGCAAAUUCAGAAGAAGCU